GCUACCGGCAUUUGGGUGGGUGGGGCUCGCCCCAGGAGUUGGGCAAUAUAUCCAGCACGCGUGGGAGGGGACGCGGCUAAUUUGUCUCCUCGGGCAGACCUGGGUUUUUUCCGCCUUCCCACCCCCUGGUUUACAAUCCCUCCGCUUUCUUCCUCCUCAUCGUCCCGGUUGCUGGGAUCAGGUCCAGCCAGCCGAGCGAGUGUGCCGCUGCAUAUAUAAGGCUCUCUUGCCAAGGAUUAUUUGACACACACGCACGCCCUUGUUCGGGUGGGACGCCGCCGGCACACAAAGACCGUCCUUCUCUGUCCCCCGCCUGCCGGCAGUUGGAAGAACCUGAGCCACUUGCAGGCAGGAAGAGCCGGGAACGCUCCGGAGGCUGUGUGGUCUUCUCUAAGGGCAAGAAGAGUUUCCUCCGAUUCGCUCCUGCUAGGCACUGGCAAAGCCGAGCUUCACUCAUGGCUCGCGGGAAAGCAAAGGAAGGGGAUGGCAACUGGAAGAAAUUUAUCUGGAACUCGGAAAAGAAGGAAUUUCUAGGGAGGACAGGAGGCAGCUGGUUUAAGAUCCUCCUCUUCUAUGUCAUCUUCUAUGGCUGCCUGGCGGGGAUCUUCAUCGGGACCAUUCAAGUCAUGCUGCUCACUGUCAGUGAAUUCCAGCCCAAGUAUCAGGACCGAGUAGCACCUCCAGGGUUGACAAAUGUUCCCCAGGUACUUAAAAUGGAGUUUUUUUUCAAGCCCAGUGACCCUUCCUCAUACCAGAAGUUCGUGAAGCCCCUUGAUAACUUCCUGAAGAAAUACGAUGCAGACAAGCAGUUGGACACAGAUAUGUUUUUUGAGGACUGUAAAGGCUUCACGGGCCCCCAAAACAGAGGUGGCUAUGAGGCCGGUUCUGGAAAGCGGCCAUCUUGCAAGUUCUUUCGCUCUUGGCUGGAAAACUGCUCUGGCUUAGUGGAUCCGACCUAUGGUUACAAGGAUGGCAAACCAUGUGUUGUUAUCAAGCUCAACAGAAUUCUGGGCUUCGUACCUAAGGUUCCACAGAAUGACUCCCUCCCAUUGGAAGUGCAGGCAAAAUACAAUCCUAAUAUCAUUCCUGUUUACUGCUAUGCUAAGAAAGAGGAAGAUGUUGAUAAAAUUGGCAAUGUCGAAUACUAUGGCCUGGGUGGCUAUGCUGGCUUUCCACUACAGUACUACCCGUAUUAUGGCAAGCUCCUUCAGCCCAAUUACCUCCAGCCCCUUAUAGCAGUGCAGUUCACCAACCUGACCUAUGACAUGGAGGUGCGUGUCGAGUGCAAGGUCUACGGUGAAAACAUCCAUUACAGUGACAAAGAUCGUUUCCAGGGACGUUUCGAUAUUAAAUUUAACAUUAAAAGCAGCUGAUCAUAAGCAGUUUUCUUUUCUUCCUCUUAGCCAUUUAAAAUAUAUAUAAAUAUAUAUAUAUAAAAGACAAAACCUACUAGUCUUGAACAAAACUGUCAUACGUAUGGGACCUACACGUAAUCUAUAUGCUUUACACUAGCUUUCUGCAUUAAACUAGAUUAGAAUGUAAACUUGAAAGUGUAGCAAUAGUGACAAAGAUAUUUAUUCUAUUGUAAAUGAUGAAAGACAGAAUUGAGCCUUGGGACAUGCCCAUUUCUACUGUAAAUUAUAUCCCAUAACUGACUUGUAGUAAGCAGUGUUUCUGCCCCCUAAGUAUUGCUGCCUUGUGAAUUUUAUUUAGUGUACAGUACUAUAGGUGCAUUACUCUGGUCAUUUUUCAAGCCAUGUAUUAUUGUACCUGUUUUCUACUUUCUGUGAGCAAAGAUUUGCUGUCCAAGGUGUAAAUACUCAAGUGGGACUAAAACUGGCAUGGUACUUCUAAUUAUUAUUUUGUUCAUUUGUAAAAGGCAAAGGCCCACCUAUGAGAUUACCCAACAGCACUCCAUAGAGCCUUUUCUUCCUCCUGCGGUUUUAGGACUUUUAGUGUGUUGGCAGGGGAAAUCGACUUGACUUUGAAGCGAAGCAGAAGAGAGUAGGUGAUUGUGUAGUGUGCUUUGUAGUGAAUGCUCUCUUUCUCUCUCUCCCCGCUCAUCCUCCAGUAUGUUCUGAAGUUGUGUGAGAGACCUGAGUCAGCCUAUCGCUCUCAUCAGUGAUGGGAAUAAUUAUUUUGCUUUGUACAUUUUCUUUUUCCUGCUAGAGGCAUCACAUGCUGUGGUGCUGUCUUUAUUGAAUGUUUUAACCACUUUCAUAGUGGAAGAAUUUUAUAUUUAUGCAGUUGUACAAUUUUAUUUUUUUCUGCGAGAAAAAAGUGUAAUGUAUAAAAAUAAACCAAAGCCACAUGUUUGAAAAUAAAUCUUUAUUUUGAACUUUAUGAAAAGCAAUGCAGUUACCCCAUGAACUGGUGUUAAAUGUUGUCUACAGUGCAAAACUCUAUGUUCUAACAUAUGUAAUAGCCAGGAGUACAGUGCUCUUGUUGAUCUUGUAUUUCAGUCAGGUUAAAACAUUGGACAAUAAAUGAAUAAACACACA